ACUGUAGCCUACACGUUUCAUCUGUCCCCGUGCCUGCCUGUCUGAGGCUUCCAUCCGUGUGUGCGGCGCGCGUGGGCUUAUUGCACUUUGAUUAAUCAUCUUUAGAGUAAACACGGUGCCUCAGGGUAGUUUGAUAGUUUUACAGUUGUCCAGGUAAUGUAACGGUUUCUCCCUCCAGCAGCACACACACACACACACACACACACACACACACACCGAGACAAAGCCCUGUGCAGCACCACAGCUGUCUGAGAGAACCAUGGGAUCCGCAGGACACCUCUGCUCGGUGCUGCUGGUUGUAGUUCUGCUGGGGCUGCAGCACUCCUCAGCUUUCUGGAUCAUCAACAUUGUCUUCCCGCCCAACGCCAAAGCCAGAGUACCAAGCAACAGCACUCCACCACUCAUUAUAGUGCCAGGGAACUUGGGGAACCGUCUGGAAGCUAAAAUAGACAAGCCGACACUGGUCCACUGGUUGUGCUACAAGAAAACCGAACACUGGUUCCCCCUGUGGAUUGACCUCAACAUGUUCAUGCCUAUAGGUGUAGACUGCUGGAUUGAUAACAUUAGACUUGUUUACAACAGGACGACUCGGCUAUCAUCCAACUCACCAGGGGUGCAGGUGCGGGUGCCAGGUUUUGGGCAGACAUAUCCCAUUGAGUUUCUUGACAAUAACAAACUGGCUGGUUAUUUUUACACCAUGGUGCAACAUUUGGUCAACAUGGGAUACAUCCGCAAUGAGACAGUCCGAGGAGCGCCGUAUGAUUGGAGAUAUGCUCCUAAUGAGAAUGAAGACUAUUUCGUAAGGCUGCGGGACCUGACUGAGGAGAUGUACGACCAGUACCAGGAGCCUGUCUACCUGCUGGGACACAGCAUGGGCAGCCACUACGUCCUCUACUUCCUCAACCACCAGCCUCAGGCAUGGAAGGACAAGUACAUCAGAGGCUUCAUUUCUCUGGCAGCUCCAUGGGGGGGUGCUGUUAAACCACUUAGAGUCCUGACAUCAGGUGAAAACGACGGCAUCCAGAUGAUUUCCACCAUCAAGAUCCGCGAGGAGCAGAGGAUGACAACAACUAAUCCCUGGAUGCUGCCGUCUGAGGAUGUCUGGCCAAAGGACCACGUCUUCAUCUCCACACCAACUGUUAACUACACCCACCAGGACUACCAGCGCCUCUUCACAGACAUCGAUUAUGAGGAUGGCUGGCACAUGUGGGAGGACACCAAGAAUCUUACUAGUGAUCUCCACCCACCUGGUGUGGAGGUGUGGUGCAUGUAUGGUGUGGGGCUUCCAACUCCCGUGACAUACAUUUACGACGAGGAGUUUCCCAACUCAGACCCAGUGGACUUUGUUUACGCCGACGGGGAUGACACAGUGGACAGCUUCAGCAUGAGUCUUUGCAAACGCUGGGUGGGACAGCAGGACAAGCCCGUCCAUGUCACAGAGUUCCGAGGGCUGGCCCACCUGGACAUAGUGUUCCACGAGAGGGUGCUCAACCUAAUCCAGCAAAUCCUGGAGGGCAAAUCAGAGACACCCAAAGAGAUUGACAUCCGAUUUGAACCCAUAUAGCAGACAGCAGCAUUUAAGAGUUUAAAAAACAAAAACACAUGGAGUGCUGGAUUUGUAUAUUGCUGACUUUUGAGUCUGUACAAGUGUCAAGCAAGAAACACAUUCCACAUAAGUCCAACCUUUAUCAACACCCCGCCAAACCCAAAUAAGUGCGGCACUUCCAAACCAAUCUGGACCUGCAAGUAAUCUAACCCUGAAUGAAUUGUAGCUGAAAACCCAUGUCAGAAUGUAAAACAAAUCGAAAUAUAAAACCAUUUUGAUGCCUGUGUUUUUUGUUUCAGUGGAACUUUUCUCAGUGCCAUCAUUUCCUUUUUCAGUGACAUAUUUAAUUAUCAGUGCCAAAGCUUACCGUCACUGUUCUA